AUGUUCUCUAUGUUUCAGGGCACUUGCCGAGUAGUUGGUACUGCUUCUUAUUGUCUAUGUCCACCAAAGUUUUACGGUCCAUUGUGUCAAUUUACUGGCACUGGCACAGACUUGAGUAUACUCGAAGGUAUUCUUAAUGGUUCACUUACAAAUUAUGAUAGGACAGUGGAAAAUGUAUUCAAUCGUUCGACUUGGAAUAACAUGCUUGUUGUUGUUGAUGUCACUGGUUCAAUGCAACCAUGUUCGGCUGCCGUUUAUAAAUGGAUGAAAUUAGCGUAUGAUAGGCUAAAUUCGAUUAAAUACUAUGUCUUUUUCAACGAUGGUGAUAAUAAGCCAGAUUCACGCAAAGUGAUUGGGUCUACAGGUGGUAUCUAUGGUACACCGACUACUGAUUUGAACUCAGUACUAGCUGUAAUGCAAACAGCUAUGAAGAACGGUAAUGGUGGUGAUACACCUGAGAAUGACAUCGAAGCAAUUCUAUAUGGAAUUGCACAGUGUCCGAACUGUUCGAAUUUGAUUCAUAUUGCUGAUAACCAAGCGACUCCACGUGAUAUGGUUUUACUUUCGAAUGUGAACAAGCCUGUGAAAGUCAUCACCUGUCAGCUGAACUCAUCACCUGUAAAUCCAGCUCUGCUCACCAUCGCAGCUCAAACAGGUGGAUCACUGCAUACUCUCGAACAAGAUAUUAUCAACUUGUCGGGUAUCCCAGUGAAUGGUACUAUUGUCAUCGGACGAAAUACCUAUCAACGAACAACAAGUGGCUAUAUAAGGAUCAUCUAA